AUGGCUGCCGCUGCCCCUCCUGCCGCUGCCCCUCCCGCUGCCGAGACCUCGCGUCAAUAUGUUCCUCUGACCUGCCAUGGUCACUCUCGACCUGUUCCUCACGUCUGCUUCUCUGGCCUUGAAAAAGGAGAGCAAUACUACAUGAUCUCGGCUUGCAAGGAUGGUAAUCCAAUGUUACGCGAUGGCGUUACUGGCGAUUGGAUCGGAACCUUCAUUGGCCACAAGGGUGCUGUCUGGCAGGCCAGAUUGAGUCCUGAUGCCUCCAACGCCGCAACCGCCUCUGCCGACUUCACUGCCAGCAAGGUCUGGGACACUCACAGUGGAGAGGUCCUCUACACCCUUCAGCACAACCACAUUGUCCGCGCCGUCGCUUACCCGCCUGACAACUCUGAGCUUAUCGCCACAGGAGGCAUGGAGAAGAAGCUUCGAGUCUUCGACCUCAGCGAUUUCGCCCCCGAUCCCAACUCUCCCGCCGGUACGCCCAUCACCGUGCCUGCCUCGGCUGGCUUUGAAAUUGGCGAAGGCACCCAUACUGGCUCCAUCAAGUUCAUUGCUUGGACCAAGGAUCCUAACACGAUCGUCACUGCAUCCGACAACACCCUCAGGUGGUUCGACCUGCCCACCCGUAACGUCAUUCGUCAGGAGGUCCUCGACGGCGAAAUCAAGUCCUGCGAGCUUGUCUCCCUGGCGCCCGAGCACACCUCUCCCGGCGAUAUUGGAGGCGGCCUUCCUGUCUUGGCUGUGGCCGCCGGCAAGUGGGUCUACUUUUGGGGAGGCCCGCAAGCGAUGGACGAACUCAAGCGCUUGGAACUGAAGCAUGGCGUUGCAAGCGUCGGUUUGGACCUCAAGGGUCGUAAGAUUAUCAUGGGCGAAGAGCCGGGGACCUGGGCACGCGUCUGCCGCUGGGACGACGCUGGCGAGAUUGAAACUCUCAAGGGGCACCAUGGCCCCAUCUGGUCCAUCGCCUUCUCCCCUGAUGGCAAACUGUACGGAACUGGCUCCGAGGACGGUACGAUUAAGAUGUGGAAGAAUUGCGACGGAUUCUACGGCCUCUGGCGUGGCGGUGCCCCGACUGCUGAACGUAAUGUGGACUAG